UGCAACAUCUCUAAAGACGUAGCAGUAGGAGCUAAAACAAUAUGGCUGCUUCCAUCAACGAGGUCUAGUUAGUGUGACGCACAUCGAUGGAGGGAGGGACUACAGAGAAACAUCCGGUGUUACAGAUUGUAUUUUUCAUUUAGUAAAUCAGGAAAACAAUACAACUGUAAUUAUAUAGCGAUUAGCGUAUACCUCUAACCUAUUGCUAACAGUAGAUCUACCGUUCUGGGCAAAGACGCGUCCCUUACUGACCAACCGCGAUAUAGCUGAAACAACUAAGAUUGUCCUAUCUCCCGACCCGUUCUUAAACCCCGGAAGUGCGGUUGUUUACGGAAUCAAGAGGAAAUGUAAGAUAGCUAAACGGAAACAAUGUCUAACGUACAGCUUUAGGGGCUUGAUUAUGUUGGCUAUUGGAUACAAAUUUUAGAAAUCAUAAUAUAUAUAUAUAUUUUAAAGUACGAGUAUACAAUGUUGCGUUAAAUGCGUAUCACAUGGUCGGGAUCUGCAACGUUAACUCUAAUUCAAAACUGGCGUGCCAGGCUAGUGAGCUAACAGUGGCGAUGGAAUCGAUUGUAUUGUAAGUUUCAUACUACGUCCAAUGCGAUGGAAUUAAUCAAUCAGUGAAGGCUGUUCAACCAAUUUACGUCGAAGACCUGUAAAUCUAUUCAACCAGAGGUGUGCCAAAUACAUGCCACAACGAGUCUCUGAAGUCGUACGCGUACUUCCCUUUAACUGAACUGUUCAAUUUAUUGACUAAAACACUACCCGAAGUUGUCACACACCAUUGCUAUUAUGGCCGAGACACUUGUUGUAACGUUUCAGUCCCAACUUUCGGGGGUGAUGGAAACAGUCUUCAAAGCGGCCAUGUUCGAGAUCACCCGACUAGUGGAGGACAGUUUUUUGGAAGAGGUGACCCGGUGCAGGGACCAGGUUGAGUCCCUCAAGAGGCGACUGAAGUGGUCGGAGAGCCGACGUAAAGAGAGAGAGGGAGACAGGAAAGAGAGAUGUGACUGCGGUAGGAUCGGGUUUUCUGGAGAGGAACAACCCUGUGUGACAGAAAGAAGUCUUAAAGAGGAGAGUGUGCUGCAAGAUGAAACAAACUGCUCUCAGGGCAAUGAAGGAGAGAUACCUUGUCAAGAAGCAGGAGGGGCUUACAGUGCUGCAAAGACACCACAGUCUCCAGGCCAAACGGUGGGUAGGCUGCUCAAGGAGGAAACCCUUCCAAUCACACCAGAAACUGCUGAAUCACAGGAGAGAUGGGGAGUCAGUUUGGAAGACACAGAGGCAUCUGGUCGUCCGGGACCCAGUAAACAUCUCACUGACCAGAAAGUAGAAAAGUGCCAUGUGAACUUGGAAUCUGGUUUCAAUCAGAGACCAGAACAAGACCAUGGUGGACACUCAGGUGACCCGUGUGAACAAGUUUUUCAGAGCAGGUAUGGGAUGGAAGACCUAAGUGGUUUUGACAAGACCUGCUACGGAGAUGCAAGUAUGAUAGACAUGAGUAACUUGGAUGGAUUGCAAGGAUCACCCUCACACCUGGGUGAGGAUAUGAGUUACAUGGGGAACUAUGAGGGAAAUGUUGAAGCACCAGAGGGAGUGGAGCAUCAAGUUUACCAGGCAGGCACCCAACGGAAGAGAGGGGCCACGGUUAGUUCAUAUGCAGUGUCACCAUCAAAGACUAAUACUGAAGUAAGCGGAGAGUUCAGCUGUUUACUGAUCAAUGAAGAGGGGUAUCUACAGGACCCAAGUAUCUUAUAUCCUGCACAGAUGUCUGCUGAUGCAGGCAGCAGGUUGAACCUCCGAGGCGACAGUAUUCGCAUUGACCCUUCUUUAAACAGAACAGAGGAUAUGUACAGGCCCUCGGAUGGCUAUAGUGGUACUAUAAACCUGGGUGAGAGUUUGCAGCAUCAGCAGGGCAGGAAAGUAGGUAGAAGACUCACCUGUAAUCAAUGCUCUCUGCCGUUCUCUGAUCCAGCAACUUUAAAAGCACACAAACAGACACACAAAGGCACUGGACAAGCUCCACCAUAUUCCUGCAACCAAUGUGGAAAGACCUUUACUCAAGCCUGUAACCUCAAAGUCCACCAGAGGAUUCACUCAGGGCAGGGGCUACACCUCUGCAGCCACUGUGGUGAAGGUUUCCCUUCUUUCUCAGACCUAAAGACACAUAAGUGCGGCCAAACAUGCGACAAACCUUACUGCUGCACCUUGUGUGGGAACAAGUUCAGCCGACUCUGGAAUCUAAAGCUGCACCGAAGAAUUCACACGCAAGAAAAACCUCACCGCUGCACCAUGUGUGAUAAGAGCUUUACACGAGCAGAUAUAUUGAAGGUUCACCAGCGUACCCACACUGGGGAAAGACCGUACUGCUGUGCUGUCUGUGGCCUCAGCUUCAAACGUCUGGAUCACCUGAAGUCACAUCAACGUAAACACAUGACAGAUCUGCAAAACUAAAGAGUUUGGGAGAGAUUUGCAAAUAUUACACGAUUAUAAGAUUCAAACAUAAAUACUUCUAUGUCAACAUCUCAUCAACACAGUGUUAUGUAUUUCUAUCUGUAUUAAAAAAAGAGCAGUUUUGGUUUUAUUUGUUUUUGUUUAUUUGUCUGUACCCAGUUAUUGCUGCAUAUGUGUAGCUGGAAAAUGAACUCAGUAACUGGAUAUGUUUGAGAACAUUAUAGAUGCAUCAUUUUUUUCAGUUGACUCACUUGAAAACACCUGAUCUUUCUCCUGGUCAAGACUAAAGAAUACUAUUAAUUUGUUUUUAAUUAGACCCAUCUAAUUUACAUUUAUUCAAGGUCUAAAGGCAACACUUCUGUUCGAUAAUAAACUCUAAAACCCUUCACA